AUGACAUCAAAAUUGAAACAACAAAUAAUUCAUUGGGAAAAAAUAAAAAAGGAAUUAGAGGUUUUCAUAACAGAAGAAUUUAGUGAAAGUGAUAGUAACUAUAUAGUUGUUGAACACCAUGUUGUCGAGGAAUUACAAACAAUUGAUGAUGAAGAAGGCGGUGGCGGUGGCGAAAAUCAAGAUAAUAUAUCUGAAGGUGGACAAAGAUACACUGCUCAUUGGACUAUUAAACGGACCAAAGAGUAA